GGGGCAGGUUUACGAAAAUCUUGACAGAUCUGAUAACAGUCUGGUUUUAAAUGUUACUGGUUGGUGGUUAUUGUUUGCGUGAGAUAGAAAUGAGUGCAAAUUAGGAGAAUUAUAUAUCAGAAUACUUUCUAGUGUGAAUUAUACCAAACUGUUUGAGUUUGCUUUUGAACCUUUUGGAUUGUUUUGCUGUUGAACUUGACGAAUGAGGCCCAUAUGGGGUCUUCAUUUGAUGGAUGAUGCACAAGUAUAGGAAUUAAACUUGCUGCCCAUCAUGUCAAGGCCAGUUAUCUCCCCUUCGUCAGCAGGAUCGCCAUGCCAACAGACAGUGGACGUCCUGGAACAUCGCCUCCAGGCGGCAGAGAAAGACACUAGAGAGCUGCUUCACCACCUCGGUGGCCUCGGCUUCGACCGGAACUCGGCCACCACUCCGGUGAAGAGGACCAAGAACACCACCCACCCUGGGGGAGACACUUCUCCUUCUCCCUUCUCCUGCCUGGUAUCGGACCCCGAGGUCCUCCAGAGCAGCUAUGAGAAGCUGGUGUCGCGGGUGUGCAAGCAGGAGAGCAUGAUUCAGACGCUGAAGAUGGCGCUGCUGAAUGUGCAGGGCAGCCAGGACCUGCGGACGAAGGUCGGGUCGGACCAGGAGGAGCGGUGGCUGGAGGCGAAGCAGAGUUACGAGAGCCACAUCGCCAAGCUGAGACGGGAGAUGAAGAGUCUGAGGGAGGAUGUGAGGCACGAGGCAGAGGCGAAGUCGCGACUCAAGACCGAUGUCAAGAAACUGCAGGCCGCGCUUGACGAUGCGACCACGACCAGGGCCGAAGCGGCAGUGGCAGCUGAUGACCUGACCCAGACCAAACAGAAGAUGGUUCGACGCAUCAAUGAACUCAAGGAAGAACUGGCCAUGGAGACCAGCUUACGGUCGAGCCUCGAGGAAUCCCACAAUACAAUGCUGACGCGGGUCCGGGAGUUAGAUAGUGUGGUGGAGACUCAGCGAGACGAACUGAGCAAACUGACAAGUAUGUGUAACAGGUUAAACUCGGAGAUGGGCAAGUUAAGUGACGACCUUUCUGAGGAGCGUAAAAUAAGACUGGACACGGAAAAUGCGUACUCCAGGUUGGCUACAGACCGAGAUCGUUUAUCUGCGACGCUGCGAGAGACCGAGUCAGACAGGGAUGUCGCGAUGACAGAGCUGUCCAAGUUUCACCAGCAGUACAACGAGCUGAUACAGCAGUUUGACAGCACACAGACCAUACUAGAUCAACUCAAGAGUGACAAUAAUUUCUUACAAACUGAAAACCAGAAGUUGAAGAGUUUGCUGGAGAUAUCCACCAAAGAGCAGGAGAGACUGCAAACUCUUCACCAGCAAGAAAUGCGGGUGGAGCAGACAUGGUUUUCUGAGCGUGUCGCGCUGGAGGAAGAAGCCGCCCAGCUGCGGAUGAAGACGAGAGAACUCGAGUCAGAGAACACCGACCUGCACAAGAAAGUUUCUCGUCUGGAAUCGGAAGUGUCCAGUGGUAGGUGUCAGAUGAGCACGAAGGAGAAGGAGUUUAAGACCGCGGCUGAGAGCCUGGAGCGUGAGCUCGACUCCCUGAGGACACAGCUGAAGAACAUGCAGGAAGACAAGCAGGCCGUGCUGUCUGAUAAAGACAGUCUACUUGAAGAGGUGAACCAGACAGUUGAUGCAUUGAUGGAUGAGCGAACACGACUGACGAGCGAACUGGAACAGACGAAGAUCGAGCUGGAGACCCUGUACAGCACCCAGAGACAGGUUGAGCGGGAAAAUGCAGACCUCCUCGAGAGAAUCGGAGGAUUCCAACAGCAGAAGACCUCCCAGGAGAAUGUGCGGCUGGCCCUCGAACAGAUGAUGGAUCAGAAGAACAAACUGGCGUACGAGAACGGCCAACUCCAGACUCUCGUCUCCCAGAUGAGAUCAAACGUCGACAACGGUAUCAAGUCACAGGCCGAUGUUGACUGCUUGUCUAAACUGUCACACAAUCUCCAAGCUAAGUACUCCAAGUCGCAGAAGGACAUGAGUGAGUGCAAGGUGACGAUCGAGCGCCUGGAGAGCAAGGUGCGUGAGCUGCGGGAGGUCGUGGCUGUGCGGGAGAGGGAACUCCAGAACACACUGGCCAACCGUGAACAGCUGCAGGAGCAGCUCGAGAAGAUGGUUGCGCACGUCGAGACGGCCGAGCAGAAAUACCAGCAGAAGCUGCAGAGUCACCAGAAGAGUAUCAGUGACGCGCGUGCGGUGAACCGCGAGAUCACGGACACCCUGGAGGCUGUGAUGACGUCUCACUCACAGCUGCAGACAAUCGUCGAAAACCUCCAGGUGGACCUUGGCAAGAAGGACGCACUCAUAUCACAGCUCCGCAAUCAGAUUAACAAAGAGCAGAGUGACAUAAGGCUGGAAAUGAAAGCCUUUGAAGACAAGAUGGCUGCCAUACGUGAAGAGUUAAAACGAGAACGCGACAAAUCAUGGAAGAAGACAACUAAAGAUGUCGCUGAGCUGAAGAAGAUCAACGACAGUCUGUCGGGUCGUAACAUGGACCUGGUGCGGGCAAACACAGACCUGCGACACAAGGCCAACGAGGACCAGAAGCUGAUUGGAGAACUCCAGACGAAGAUAUCCGAGCAAAAACACAGGAUGCAGUACCUGCACAAGGCGAAGAGACACCUCGAGGAAAACAUGCAACAGAUGAAGGCAGUUCGACAAGACAUUGAUGAACUGGAGAAAAUGAGAAAUGAAUAUAUGCAACGAAAUCGUGAGCAGGCGGAGACGAUCAACCUGUUCAUGACUCAGAUGACAUCGCUGCAGGACGAGAUUCGCCAGCUGGCCCAGGCCCAGUCGAACACAAGUGAACUCCUCAAGCAAAAGCAGCACGCCCUUGACAAGGAGCGCCGCAUCAGGGACGACAUCAAGAAGAAGUUCUCAGAAACAAAGAAAAGAGAAAAAGUUGUCUCAUUAAGGAAGAUAGAAGCGGAGGACAAAUUGAAAGAAGUGCACAAUGAAUCUGUGGAGAUAACACAACAUCUUGAAGAGGCACACGAGUGGUUUAAGAAAAAGUUUGAUAAGCUGCAGAAUGAGCUCAACACAUCAAAGAAAACUCAGGCCAAGUUGGAGGAAGAUAAUCUCACCCAGCGUAAGAAGCUGGAGCUGGAGAAGGUCAAAGGUCAGGAGGCAGCCGAACGAGCCAAGCAAAUGAUAAAGGCGAGUAGGCAAACCAUAACCCGACUUGCGGACUUUGCUGAAAUGGCCGAUUCCGAGAUGAAAGAGCAGAUUGGUCAUCUUCAGGCCGAGGCCGAGAAAGAGAGAGAUCUCGCAGAGUUUACACUGGUCAGACACGAACAGUAUAAGGAGCUGAACAACCAGUAUCUGGACGGGUUGAUCAAACAGAUGGACACGAAAGUUGGCCAGGACAGCUCCUUCAGCUGAUCAGUGUAGUCCGGGGUCAUCCUCUCAAAUAGAGACUGCUGCAUCUCACAAACUGAAUUCAUCACUUUUUAUUUCAGAUCUCAACAAAAAAAAAAGA